AUGAAACCACCAGCUUCCAGAUUUUCUUUUACUUUCUCACACUUUCUCGCACUCUAUUGUCUUCUCACACAAACCCAUGUAGCUCAAGGAUCUCAUCAAUGGCAGUCACCGAUCAAAACCGUCGUCGUUUUGGUAAUGGAGAAUCGAUCUUUCGACCACCUCUUGGGCUGGAUGAAGAAAUCGGUUAACCCGUCUAUAAACGGUGUAACCGGUCAAGAAUGUAACCCGGUUCCGAAUUCUACACAAACCAUUUGCUUCACUAACGAUGCAGAGUUUGUGGAUCCGGAUCCGGGUCAUUCGUUCGAAGCUGUGGAGCAACAGGUAUUUGGGUCGGGUCAAAUCCCGUCGAUGAUGGGUUUCGUUGAGCAAGCGCUUUCUAUGCCGGGAAAUUUGUCGGAGACUGUCAUGAAAGGAUUCCGGCCUGAAGCUGUACCGGUUUAUGCUGAGCUGGUUAAGGAAUUUGCUGUGUUUGACCGGUGGUUUUCUUCGAUUCCCGGUCCGACUCAACCGAACCGGUUAUUCGUCUAUUCUGCUACCUCGCAUGGUUCUACAAGCCAUGUCAAGAAGCAGCUCGCUCAAGGGUAUCCACAAAAAACAAUAUUCGAUUCCCUCCAUAGCAACGACAUCGACUUUGGAAUAUACUUUCAGAAUAUUCCGACAACAUUAUUCUACCGUAAUCUCCGACAGCUAAAAUACAUUUUCAAAUUGCAUCAAUUCGAUCUGAAAUUCAAGAAAGAUGCAGCAAAUGGAAAGUUACCGAGCUUGACCGUCAUCGAACCGAGGUAUUUCGACCUCAAGGGCUUACCGGCCAACGACGAUCACCCGUCGCACGACGUGGCUAAUGGUCAGAAACUGGUUAAGCAAGUGUACGAGACACUUAGGUCGAGUCCACAGUGGAACGAGACGCUCCUAGUCAUAACCUAUGAUGAGCAUGGUGGGUUUUAUGAUCAUGUCAAGACUCCUUUUGUUGGUAUACCAAACCCGGAUGGGAAUACCGGACCGGCUCCUGGUUUCUUUAAAUUUGACCGGUUAGGUGUUCGGGUUCCUACCAUUAUGGUUUCACCGUGGAUUCAAAAAGGAACCGGACCAACAGAUAGCUCAGAGUAUGAACAUUCAUCAAUACCAGCGACCAUCAAGAAACUCUUCAAUCUCUCUUCAAAUUUCUUAACACAUAGAGAUGCUUGGGCUGCUACUUUCGAAGACGUUGUUUCUCACUUAACCGCUCCUCGAACAGAUUGUCCCAUGACUCUACCUGAAGUUACACCAAUGAGAGCCUCUGAGCCUAAAGAGGACGCAGCACUUUCUGAGUUUCAGAGUGAAGUGGUUCAACUUGCAGCGGUUCUCAACGGCGAUCACUUCCGAAGUAGCUUCCCGGACGAAGUUGGGAAGCAGAUGACUGUGAAACAAGCUCAUGAGUAUGUCAAAGGAGCUACUUCUCGGUUCAUUAGAGCUAGCAAAGAGGCAAUGAAGCUUGGUGCCGAUAAAUCUGCCAUUGUCGAUAUGCGAUCUUCUCUCACUACACGGCCACGCAACCUGUGA